AAUCAACACAAAGAACCAGUUCAAAACUCGGUUGGUUCGCUGUUCGAACAGCACUACUUCGGCUUCCGUAGCUGAAAUUAUCCUUACUACACUUUCUUCCAGGCAUUUAUCGUUAAAUUUUCCUUUCCUUUUCCUUUCCAAAAGAAACGCAUAUUUUAACGCGAGUCAGGUAACGUACAACUACACCCGGAAGGAAGGAGCAAAGGACUAAAACACGCCUGAAAUCAGACACAUCAUGUCAGGGGAAAGUAGUGGUAGUGGCGAGGACUCCGACCAAGAAACCCGCCGUAAAGUUUGCACCGUUAAACACGAGAUCACUAAUGCAAACCUCACAGGAUACACUGAGAAAGUUGGCAUGCAGAACUUUGAACUUCUCAAAGUGCUUGGCACUGGAGCUUACGGGAAAGUGUUCCUGGUCAGAAAAAUCAGUGGCCACGAUAAAGGCAAACUCUAUGCCAUGAAGGUUCUGAAGAAAGCAGCCAUUGUUCAGAAGGCAAAGACUGCUGAGCACACUAGAACAGAGCGGCAGGUACUGGAGCACAUCCGCCAGUCACCCUUUCUGGUCACCCUCCAUUACGCCUUUCAGACGCAAACCAAACUGCAUCUCAUACUAGGUAAGCACAGGAUACAGACGUCAUCCUGAUUCUCUUGUGCGUGCUGUUUUAUGGAUGGCAUCUAUAUCAUAGUUGUGUUUCAAGUAGGACUGGCGUGCAAUCAUCCAGCAGCAAUGUUAAUUUCGACAGCAAAUUUUGAUUGAAUUUUAGUCAAAACUAAAAUUUUGAUUUAGUUGUAGUCAAAACUAAAACUAAUUUUAGUCUUUGGACUAAAAUGCCAUUUAGUUCCAUCCAUAUUUUAGUAAUCUGAAUUGUUUUAGUCUAGUUUUAGUCAGCUAUACAUCAUAAAACUUUAGUCGACUAAAUCUACAGUAGAUUUAGUUGUCUAAAAUUAGAUGGGUUCUUGUUACAGCGUGAUGCAUUUAUUAUUUUCUAACAUUUCCAAACUCAUAUGUUCUCUGAGAAAACAUAUCAAUGAUAUUAAGGUUUGAAUAUGGAAUAUAGACCCAGAUUUAACUACUGUGACACAUAACGUCUUUAUCUCAAAAUUAAAUAAAACCACUUCUCAUAAAGAAACAAGAAUAUGGUCCUCUUUUCAAUGAAAAAACAAAUGGUUAUAUAUAUUAUUUGAACUUGUAUUCAACAGCCAGACAUUUAUUUAUAGCAGACAUAUUUAUUUAUAUACAUUAAACGGUUAGUUCACCCCAAAAUGAAAAUUAGCCCAUGAUUUACUCACCCUCAAGGCAUCCUAUGUGUAUAUAGCCUUCUUUCAGAUGAAUCCAAUCUGAGUUUUAUAAAAAAUUGUCCUGGCUCUCCCAAGCUCUGAAAAGGCAGUGGGCAGGUGUUUUUGUUCAACAGUCCAAAAUAUGUGCAAUAAAGCGUAUCCAUCCAUAAUAAAACAUGCCUCACACGGUUCUGGGGGGUGAAUGAAGGCCUCCUGUAGCUAAUUGAUGCAUCUUUAUAAGAAAAAAAAAAAUCCUUAUUUGAAAUGUUAUAGGCACUCUUCUCUUACUUCCGAUGACUGUCAUAUGUGCAAGCCGUUCUGGGCAGAUGACAUUGGACAGGGGUGUCCAAACUCAGUCCUGGAGGGCCAGUGUCCUGCAGAGUUUAGAUCCAACUUGGCUCCACACACUUGCCGCAAAGUUUCUAUUGUGCCUAGUAAGCUUGAUUAGUUCAGGUGUGUCUGAUUGGGGUUGGAGCUAAACUCUGCAGGACACCAGCCCUCCAGGAAUGAGUUUGGGCACCCCAGACGUAGAACGUAUGCGUAGUGCUUAAGUUCACUGUAGUGUUUGGCUGCUGAAAAAAAUUGUCCUACAAUAAAAAACAAAAAAAAACUUCCAAUGGUAUGAGAUGAGCACAGCUUUCACUCUCAACCAAACUAAGGGUGUAUUCACACCUGUUUUGUUUGGCUCUAUUGAAUCAAGCUAAACUUUACAAUAUCAUACUAAGUAUAAACAUAAAUACAUAAAUAAAUUGUGAUAAUAAACAAAUGUGACUUACAGUCACCUGAAGAAUAACACAAAAUGUAAUUAGAAAUUAAAUCAACAAAAAAGUUUCAUUAACCCCUGGAAUAUGCUAGUCUUGCAAGAUUGUUUACAGGAUCAAAGGAAGCAAAGUUUCCUUACUUUAGCAAAGAAAAGCAAAUCCUCAUUUUAUGCUUUUGAUUUGUGACUUGGAUUUUGAUCUCCUCCCUGCUACUGCGUUCAUCACUUCUCACUGGCGCAUUGGCUAUGUCUACAUCCUGUGUCAUCCGACCUGAACUGCUUCUGCAUACAACAUUUAGUUACAUUUUAAAUAUGGAUGUUUUUCUUACAUAAAUGCAUCGUCUUGCCACAGGUUUCAGGUACAGAUUCAACCCCCACGCUUUUGUAGCAGAAAUGAGUCGAACCAGACAAAUCAAAGAGUCUAUCAGAGCUGUGUGCAUUGAAACGAGAGCCGAACUCCUCAAGAAAAAGUAAUACAGUUCUAGUGCCACAAGAACCAAGCAAGAUAACCAUAACAUAAGCAUAACUGCUUUUUAUACAUUAUAUAUGGACCAGAAUGAACUCAAAAAGACUUCUAAAUGAAUCGUUCCAUUGCUUAACUCCAUAUUCAUUUAUGUGUAACCCACACAUUUGACUAUCAUGUAUAAUCACUUAUUGUGUAUGUCUUUUGAUUACUAUAGGAUACAUAGUCAUGUCUAGUAUUGAUAUAAUCGAAUUUUCUUGCUUGAUAUUGUCCUGACAAUCAUUUAUUUGUAAAAUAUAUCAUAAUCAUGUUAUAGGAAUCAUGUCCAAAAUUAGACCCUGUGAGGCAAGAACCACAUGCUUGGUAAGAUAAACAAAUGAUUUAUGAUACCCCAGACCCAAGGCCAUAUCUGAUUAAGAUUCUUAAUUUUUGUUUGCAAAAAGCAAAUUUAUUUUCCUCAAUACUUAAAUUUUCAUUUGCAAAACUUUAUUUUCUUUUGCAAAACGUAAUUUUUUUGCAUAUAUAUAUACAGCGUUAUUUUGACUCCCUAGAUUAAUCCUUAUUAAUUCAGUAUAAAAAAAAAAGAAGUGAAUGAUUUUCUCUCUUUUUUUGUUGAUUAAUUACUGGUAAGAAUACAGGCAACAAAAUUAGGCUGCUGCCCCUUUAAAACUUACUGCACCGAUUAAAUAUACUGGAGAGCCAUUUAAACAUUACCAGGUGUGUUUUUAUGUGAAUACUCAUCAAAACUGACAACUUGACAUAAUUUUGUGUGCAUUUCUUCAUUUAGAUGUGAAAGAGAACUGAGAACUGUUUUAUGGCAUGUGCAUGUUAAAAUUUGUGUGCAUCUACUCUCCCUUCCAAGCAGGAGAUUUGUUCUGUCUGGAUCUCUUCCCAAAUGUCCUUCCCUAACAUUUUCAUCUCUUUUUUUAUUUUAUUUAUUUAUUUAUUUGCCAUUCUCAUUGCUUAUCGAUUACGAACAACAAAUUUGACAAAUCUCUUCUCCGAAUUGAAAUUGUCAAUAAUUGUUCUAGUGAUGUUAAUGUUGAAAGCUGUUCUGUGAAAGCGUUGGUUGGUUGGUUAUCUUGCUUGGUACUUGUGGCACAGAAUGUUUUAUGACUUCCUGUUGCCUUACUGAGGAAUUCAGCUCAUGUUUCAGCCACAGCCCUGAUCGACUCUUUAAUGUGUCUGGUUCGAGUCAUUUCUGCUACAUUCUCGCGAGUAUUCACACUGGAAGCGUAUAAGUACAGCACCACAGCAGCGGCUGCAAAGCGUGUUCGGCAGACAGUAUAACCAUUUCAAACAAUGGGUAUAAUUCUUUCAACAUUUGUUUUUAUAACAAUACACCAUACUUUCACCCAGAACGAUAAAUUAAAAAGUUUAAAUGGGUAAAUACAUAUUUGUUAUACUUAAUUUUCUUUUCUGGCAUAAUUGUUAAAACACUAGACAUUGGCUUUGUUGUUAAAACUCUUUUAGAGACAUGCUUAUUCUGUGCACUUUAAUUGAGUGUGAGCAGCACAGCAAAACUAGAACGGACGCCAAAACCCCCGUUUGCACUGCUACUCUGCUGUUCACGCGACGCUCCUGCUUGAUGCUCACACGCUACUCCUGGUCCCAGUGUGAAUGUUCGUUUGGAAACACGAAAAUGUACUUAAAUGUACUUGUUCCGCGCCCAAAAUAUUGCUUUCCUUCAUUCGGUACACACGUGCACUGGUACGAAUACACGUACCAUUACAUCCCUAAGGCUAACUAGUAGUAUUUCUAAUAAACCGUGGUAAAUCUGUGGCAUGAUUUAAAAAAAAAAACAAAUCAUGCAGAACAUUUUGCCUUUCAUUGUACACAUCUCUGCCGAUUUUAGUUUACUGCUGCAUCUCAAAUACUUUUGUGUAAAUAAGAUAUCACUUUUUUUGUUUAUUGAAAGCCACGCUAAGAUAAAAUAAAUUUAGGAAUUAAAAUAAAUGUAGUAAAUUGGGAAUGCUUCCUUGGUAAAUAAAUGUAAUAAGUUUAAGUAAAAAAAAAAAAAAAGAAAAAAAAAACUAGAACUAAAAUAAAACUAAAAC